AUGGCGUCCAAUUCUGAAGCAGAAGACGUUUUUGCGGAGGAUUUUCCUUUUAGUUUAUCAAAUCCAGUGAACUCGGACCCCUGGUCCCCGUUACCAUCGGAGGAAAAUGGGGAAAAGAAGACAGACUUCCUUGAACUGACCUCGGAACGAUACAUAGCUUCUUUGGAGGCAAGGCUCAAUCGUAUUCAGGGCAAAGCCCGGGAUCCGACCUCAAAAGAUCUCAUCAGGGGCCUAGAAAAGGCAAAGGAUGCGCACAUGACGACUUUAGUCCAAUCAUCAGAUCAACCUUAUAUUAGCAACUACAUUCCCGAAAAAGACAAUGUCCAGAAUCCCAACAAGUUACAGCGAAAACUGCAUCCGGAAAAAGUAGCGAUAAGUGCUGACGAAAGAAGACUUUUAGUUGAGGAAGAUGAUCUGUCGAAGCGCCGGAAAGCAGAUGAAGCUGCUGUGGAAACGUCUAAGAAAAAGACAAGUUCUGUUUCUAGUCUUGGGGAAAGUGACAAUCAUACUGAGGAGAGGCCCCGGCGGGCAUCCGCUCAGGAAAGUGUUGAUAGAGGUUCCUGUGAUGCAUGAGAUGGAGAUGUUAGUAUUAAAUUGUAAUGUAUUCUAAAAGGGAGUGUGAUUCAGUGGAUUUUGUAUGUGCACUAAACCUGCAAGAAGUCUGUACAAUUGGUUUUAAUUUGGAACAAGCUGACAGGCUUUAUCUUUUGGCAGAGACUCGUACUCUCAACAAUUCCGGUACUGUAAUAUUUAGUAUGAUUAGUGGUGUUAACAUCGCUGCCGCAGAGACACUGUGAUUAUUGCAUCAAGAAAGUUUUGCCUGUAAUUCUUCAUGCAUGAUCUGCAGUGCAUCAUUGAUUGUUGUGUCAUAUAAUAUAAAACUCAUAAUGCAAAUUUAGUAAUUGUCACUGCCUUCUCACAUAAUGAAAAACGAUAGAAUGUGCUUGGUCUCGAAUCACAAAUUAGGUGUAGACAAACCAUUCAAGAUUUAUCAAACCUUUUUCAAUAUUAACGCACAAUUUAAUUCCACUACCUCUAUUUACAACAUUUCGCAACCAGAUCUUAACAUUUAACUAAAAUAACAUAUUUGCGCUAAACAAACAAAAAAUCAAUUGUCAAUCCAUUCCAGUAAUCUAAAUCUAUGUAAGAAAUUCACUUAACUGAUUGCUUUAUAAAUGACAAUUGAGAUUAUGCCAUGCCAAUGUAAAAUUUUCAGCUAUCAUCAGAUAAUUCCUUCGCUCAGUCGAAGAUAUGGUUCUCUUUAUCUUAUGUGGAUGCUGAGCACAUAUUAAUGUGCAUCAUAAGCUUUCAAAAGAGCACUCAUGAAUGUCAAAUGGAAAGCCUAUUGACUACAUCUCCCUUGCCAAUAGCAAUCCCAGGGAAGUUCGCCAUAAUUUUGAAGUGCUGCUCUCUCGCUAGCAUGUUGACAUGUCAGAAAGUGCCACAAAAUAAUGGAGAUUUUUGAUGGUAGAGAUUUUGCCGCUGUUGACGUCAUGUUGGGGAUAUCGAUAUCACUAUCAGGUGACGGAGCAAUGCUGAUUGAGAGCUGGUCACCUGCCUUUAUCAGGUAAGGCAUCGUGGAGCUGAUGCUGUGGGUUUUAACCCUUUGACAUUGUUUGAUGAUCGGGGGGGGGGGGGGGGGGGGCUCUUUUUGCUUCAGUAUGUUAGGAAAAGCGAACAAGUACAGUUUUCUGCAGAAACUGUUACAGUGAGACCACUCCCUGUGCAGAUAAACAAUUUUGGCGGUAAAAAUGCUUGCAAAUCUUUGGCAGUCCAGGGCUCUGGAUGUGGUGGCCAUUGAUUCUUUUUAGCACCACUCAAACAAGUGAUUUUAGUCCCUGUAACCUGGUACAGAGCCAUGACUGCGGUAUUCCAACCACAAUCAUCAUGUCGUCAUGGCUCCAUCGCAGGUCGCUACACAACUAAAAUCGCCUGAUUGCGUGAUGCUUUAGCCCAGCGUUGAAAUCUGUUGGCAUUCUACGAAAUGGAGAACCAUCUGAUCAUAAGACCUACACCUGACGAUUUCCUGAACUACUCUGUAUUAGUCCGCCAUCGAUUUCCUUUAUGGUGUCAUUCAUCAUCCAGAACAAGAUAGGGAAAUGGUUUUUCAUGGCUUCAUGAUUAUUGCCUUUGAUUAUAACAAGGUUGCUGGUAUUGCAGGGCUGUAUUUAUCUGAGAUUCAAUUUGAUGUCAGUGAUUCAUUUUAUGUCAUUGCACCUUCCCCAUUACGAUAAUGAUGGCAGACAAAUUGGCUCAUUGGGUGCAUGAGAUGAUAUAGUAUGAAAAUGUCUCUCAUUAGUUAUGUCAGUGUUCAAGUACGCGUUUCCCAAUCAUUAAAUCACCAUCUUCCAAUAACCACUGACAUGUUGGGCAAUUUUGGAGUACUGUAAGAAGAUGGUGCCAAUUUCCAAUAGAUGAUUUACCCAACAACUGUAUUAUAAAGGAGCCGAGUCGUCAUCUUUAUAUACAAAACAUGCACAGUUCAUUUUGUCGAACCUUCCUCUGUUCGACAGUGAAUCCAUCAACGUUUCAGAGAGGUUCAACGGUUUGAAAAAAAUCGGGAAAAACAUCUACAUCACUCUUAGAAAAAUAGUUUCCCCAUGCAACGGGAGAAGAAGAAAUAUUUUGAAAAAAAUCUGCCGACUCCCUUAAUAUGCCUUCACGAAGAUGAAGAACGUGUCUCUUGUAAAAAACUUUGUCAAAUUCUCUAUUUUGUUUAAGAUGUAAUCAGAAAAUCUAAAAUCGAUUUAAUGAUAGAAGAUAGUGGCUUAGAUUAGAGAUGUUGUCACAGCUGCCAGUUCUUCUUAAUGGAUGGGAGAUGCCCUGAAUUCAUAAUUCAAUACAAUAUUUCAUCAGGCGAUGGUAACACUGACAGGUUGAAUGCCUUUGGUAACAGCUCGGGAUUGUAUAAACCAGGUCAGC